GUAGGAAGAAGCAGCAUCAUUAUAACUCUUCAGUAUUUCAGACUCAAGUACCCACUUCCCGACAAAAGCCAACUACCAUUAUUAGGAGUGCAGCUUAUUAAAAUUCUGUUCUUAUUUUUCAAUAACAUGGAAUAGAAUUAAUUUUGUUUUAACUGGAAUAUAGAAAGUACAUGCGUAUUUUACACCUUAUUGGUAACAUAAUCUCGUCAAACACGAGAACUGAUCAACGUCCUAGGAUUGUAAUUGAUCAUCCUCUUUAGGAGUCUAUCGCCUUCUCUACACGCGGUUACAUAUUACACGGGAAAAAUCACCCGAUACAUUUAGUUAUCAAAGAGAUCUGAGAGCGCAAUGAAGUGCCUGUGGAUUUGUUUACUGGCUCCGCUAGCUUUGGCUAGUCCUAUUCCCAUCUCUGAACUGGAAGAGGCCGUGGAUGUUCUCCUGACCACGGUAGAAGCGCAUGGAAAGAAAAUCAAAAAUUUAGAGAACGUGUUGUACAAUGUUGGCGAUGUCUUGGAGAAACAGGCGUUUCUUCUUUCGCAAUUGGAGGAAAUUGUGGAGGACAAGAAAGACCAAGGUUACUCUGAUGACGUGGGACAGGAAGAGGUGAAGGACGACCAAGUGCAGGAACAAGUGUUGUCUGAGGAGCUGGAGAAAAUCCGAGGUUUGAAGUCCAAGACGGAAGUCGACCCCGAGGAAAUAUACGAAACAGAAUCGCUCCAAGAGCCGGAGGAAGUAGUGGAGGAAGAGGUUCAGGAAUUACAGGAACCCACGGCGGAGGAGAAAUUGACUUCGGAUUUGGAAUCGGAAAGCUCAGUGGAAGAGUAAACGCCGCAGUGUCGGUAAAAAUAGGAAAACCGAGGGCGUACUUGUUAGAUUGACACCGAAUAUUGAAGAUUCGUGUGUUUAUAUGUACCAUUAUACCAUUAUAUUGUCAUCAUUGAAUUUGCACACUGAUUACCAUUUUACGGACAACUAUUCGUGACUAACAAUAACUUGUGAGUAACUGUAAUUAAUGACAAUGCGUUACUCUUGGUUUAUCGUAUCCAUGAUAUCACACCGUCAUUCGUAAUAUUAUGUAUCUCUUACAUCCGACCAUUUCAAACUUAAUAGAAAAGACAACGAGUUCCGGAAAACAACGACUUCAGGUAGACAACUACUACUGGUAGACAACAAAUAGCCCAUUAUAGAACGGUAAAAUAAACAGAGAACUCGCUGAACGAAAUUAUGAUAUAUUUUGUCUUUAACCUGCAAUUUGAAAAACAUGUUUCUGUAAUAAAAGUCUUGUACAUAA